AUGGCAAAACUCUUAACCCUUCAACUUAUUCUCAUCACUUCGUGUCUCGCUCUCAACAAUUCUCUCUCGCUACUGAAGCACAACAGCCCCGACCCAAGCAUACCUACAUCAAAUGGCGUAUCACUAUCCUUCUUCGCAACCCUUGAACGUCUGUCACGGCUUGUCGACAUUGCCUACUGCAUCGGCACCACAGGCGUGAGGAAACCAUUCGAGUGUGUAUCCCGCUGUAACGACUUCCCCAGUCUGGAACUCAUCAACUCAUGGAAUACGGGUCCUCUCCUCAGUGACAGCUGCGGGUAUAUCGCUGUGGAUCAUGGUGUGAGUCAGCGAGGUGGUGGCGACACUUUCAAUGCUGUUGAGCCUGCCAUUGUGGUCACCUUCCGCGGAACUUACAGCGUCGCCAAUACGAUUGUCGACUUGAGCACCAUCCCACAAGAGUAUGUGCCAUAUCCAUCUCCCGACCAUGGAGGAGGAGAGCCCUCCGAAGAACCUGAGCAUAAAUGCACGAACUGCACGGUGCAUAUGGGCUUUCUCGCAUCGUGGAAGAUCGCUCGUCACCUCGUUCUCCCACAACUGAGGCAGCUAAGACUACAAUAUCCUUCCUACCCAGUCCAGCUUGUUGGACACAGCCUUGGAGGCUCAGUUGCAUGCCUGGCUGCAUUAGAACUCAAAGUUUCUCUAGGGUGGCAGGAUGUUAUAGUCACCACGUUCGGUGAGCCACGUGUUGGUAAUGAAGGGCUCGCCCGCUUCGUAGAUGAAGUCUUUCAUCUAGAUGGGCAAGAUAACCUCGAAAAGCGCGAAUACAGACGGGUGACCCAUAAAGAGGACCCUGUGCCGCUCCUCCCUCUAGGUGAAUGGGGCUAUAAGUCACACUCAGGCGAAGUGUAUAUCGCCAAGCAGGAGCUCGCUCCCUCAGAGUCAGAUAUCUACUUGUGUAUCGGCAACAACGAUCCAAAAUGUAUAUCUGGGGCAGAUGACACAUUAUGGAUGACCAUACGCCGUUUGUUCCAUGCCAAGGGCUCUUUGACAGCCUCAGACAAGUUGGCAGAGCCGAACGGAUUUCCUUCAAGAUUCAAGCUCUGGCAACUACUAUUCGCGCACCGGGACUAUUUUUGGAGACUAGGUCUUUGUGUUCCAGGAGGAGAUCCUGCCGAUUGGGGCAGAGGGCCAUAUCAAGGCCCAGAGACCGAUGAAUUAUGA